AUGAGAGGGAGCUCUUGCCACCAGGUUUGGCCCCAGUGGGGGAAGAUCGCCAGUGAGGCACCGGUGCCCGGGGCGGGCCUGGUCCUCCGCGAAUGCUUACUGCUCACCUUCGUACAUGCUGCAACCGCCUUGGCGCAGCUGAGCUCCAAGCGCUUGUACGACAUCUGGGUGGUGCCCCCUCUGCGAGAGGGCCUGGUCCUGGCGAUUGUCCUCUUUGGCUCCAAGCAUCCUUUGGCCAUGAGGCUCAUCCAUGCCUGCCAACGGGCACAGGUGCCCGAGCAGCCUCCAGCACCUCCAGCGCCGCCUCCAGAUCCUUCCCGUUUGGCCCGGCCCAGGCCACGUGUGGACCCAACCGAGCCAGCGAAGAUCCGGCCGAAGCCGCCAAAGACGGCGUCCGAGAAAGUGAAAGCGAGGCCAAAGCGCCCGCAAACCAAAGGCCACGUGCCAGCCUGGAACGCGGGCGCAGGGCUGCAGCCGGAAAAGGAGGAGAAGUUGCAUCCAGCGGGCCAGGUGCCGGAUGCCGUGCUGGCCUUGGCUGGAGGAGCAGAAUACAUGCAGGCCCAGUCAGCCCGGAGACACGGUAGUCCAAGGCCAUCGGUGUCGCCUGUUCGGAAAGACUUCUGGACCGGGAGCUGGGGCCAGCGUGCGCAGGAGCAUCUCGAACGACAGGCAAAGUCCGAAAUACGGCGAGAGCUCCAGCGCCCACUGUCGUCA